AUGCAAUACGGUGUCCACCAACAGACGGGCCGACAGUUACAGCACUGGAUCGAGACCCCCGCAACGCCAGGAGAUGGAUGUCCAGUUCGUCCCUGCGCACUCAAAUUUCGAAAUCUCGGAGACUGGCAACCCGUAACCUUACCGUGCAAAUUCCAUCCACGGCUCAUACAAUCCAGAGACCUCGAUCGAAUACCCCCCUACACCCAAACAGCAGAAAUCCCGCUCAAGUUCCGCGAAGAAGCCGAAAAAGCUGGCACGCGAAAAUUCAAUGACAACGAGGUCAAAAAAGUCAUUGCCGCGAAGCGCGCACCAGGAGCAGACCCGACAAUUUGUUAUACCAACUGCGUUGAAUGCUGCGUACUUCCUGGGGGUAUUUUCAUCGAUAGCAUGUUUCGAAACAACAUGGGUGGCUUUUUUGUGUCGGAGGUUUUGAAAGCUGUUUAUGAGGAGUAUUUUGUUCUUGAGAGUUUGAAGACUGUCCUGGUUGUUGAUUCGACGGUGGAGACGAAGGAGUUUGUUAAGAAUCAGCUUUACCCGAUGAAAGGCCUGAGAUGGCCGGAUGGUGGUGUGCAGCGCUCUUGGGUAAAUGGUAAACCUGAGUUCGAGGCUUUGUUGGGUACGAAAGUUGGGAGGGUGGUGGCACGUUUGGUUUUGGGGGCUUUUGAAAGAGGGAGUAAGCGGAUUUAUAACAUUGUUACGUGGGGGAAUGCUGGUCGGGUACAAAUGCGUUUUGAUAUUCAGCAUGUUCCUAAGAGGGCGAGAUAG